AUGGCGGAAACCGAAGGGCCGGUUACAGUUGAAGACCUGCCGAUGACAUUUCAGGUCAAAUACCUAGGACAGAGUGAUGCCAGAGGUUUAUGGGGUAUAAAGCACACUCGGAAACCAGUAGAUUUGAUGGUUGCAGCUGCAAAGGCCUUACCACCAGGUCAGGUUCUUCCGAUAGUAAAACUCACUAUUACAGUCGAUGGCGUUCAUUUAGAAACUUUAAAUCCAUUGAAGAGUGAAUAUGAGAAUAUGGCGGUGCUGUUCAAUAUAGAAUCCAUAUCAUAUGGUGUGCAGGACCUGGUGUAUACAAGGGUUUUCUCCAUGAUAAUAGUGAAGGAUAAUGCUGAUGUAAAAGGCUUGAAUCCAUUCGAAUGUCACGCCUUCGUUUGUGAGUCCAGAAACGCAGCAAGAAGACUAACGUAUUCAUUGGCUGCAGCGUUCCAAGAUUACUCUAGAAGAGUUAAAGAAAUGCAAGCAACACCCGAACUAGACGAAAGACCGCCACGAAUGAAGAAAAAGUUCGCCAUAGAUUUGAGGAGCCCUGAGGAGAUAGAAGCUGAUUUGGAAACUGAAGCUUGA